AUGUCACUCUCUCGAUUUCUUGCAAAUUUUUUUAUUUUAACGCUUUUUAUUCAGUUAACACUCGCCGAUUCUACUGUAGAUGCUUGUAAAGUGUGCUCAUUUGUGCUGGGUGGAGCAAUCGAUCACUAUCAAGGGAAUUUCAUGGAUGAAGAUGAUAUGAGACAACAAUUGAGUGAUUUGUGCACCCGUUUGGGCAAUAUCGAUGGAGCUGAGGUACAUCAAGCUUGUGAUUCGCUCGUUCAGGCAAACAUCGAUCAAAUCUAUGCGGAUUUAACGAAAGGCAUGUCAGCUAUUGACACUUGCAUCAACAUUCAACUUUGCAAAUCGCCACAACCACGCGUUCGCUCUGUCAACAAUCGACUCAUCGAAACAGCAAAAACCCAA